AUGUCCUGCUUCGGUGGCCGCGACGAGCGGCUCUACAUGCUGUCGAUGCUGGUCCACAAGCUCACACUGACCAAGGGUAAGAUAAACGACAUCGGUGAAUUCCCUGUGGCGAUAAAGAUCAAGUUCCUGCACUUUCCCGUGUUCGAGAUCACGCGUGAGGAUUUCUAUGCUUACAAACCGCCGCCCCCCGAGGACGAAGGUUGCACCCUUCGUUUCAUGAUCGGUCGGUCUUGCAUGUUCGUGAUGCAACCGAAGGAACUGGUGCAUGAACUGCAGUCAACGAUCGUGAAGGUCGGCGUUUUCCGUGUUGGGGACACGUAUCCAACGGCGGAAACCGAAAUAACAUUGCCUGGUUGUUUAUGCGAUCAAGUGGCCAUGAGCCAGAACGACACGGAGAAUCUUCCGAAACCUUUCGUGGUGAAGGACAAGUACAAUUUGAUAGAUCCUGGCGACAAUCCCUCGGGAACAUUGGAAAUGGAGAUGACAUUAGUCUGUCUGGGUAGAUCGUACAUGACCCAUUACGAGAUGCACCCUCAGUUCUUCGCCUUUAGGAAUCAGGACAAGGAACGUGAGUUUUGCGUCAGACGUCUGGUGCCGCCAAGUUAUCAUCCGGACGGUGUCGAGAAGGAUAUCUCGCAGUUCCCGGAUCGAACUACGUUGAACGAGCUGAGAGGAAUCGAUCCUAAUGCACAGCGUAAGAAAGGUAAAAAGGGGAAGAAAAAGAAGAAAGGGGGCAAGAAGAAGGGUAAAAAGUGA